UGCCACAUUGUAGAUGAAGAGGGUUGACGGCUCUGUCUAGUCAUCAUUGUGAUAUUUGUCAUAACGCUCAGCCCCUUAGCGGUGAGGAGACAGGACCCAGUAAUAUGGGAACAGAACCACCCCAGACAUUCCUGGAGGAGCUGACUGAAGAAGUGGCCUUCCUCAGGGACGGCAGCACAGCAGACACACACAGUGGAGAACAGAAGGGGCUAGGAGACAAGGUGUGUGUUGAUGCUAGUGAUGAUGACACACAGACCCAGUGGUCAGUUUGAACUCUCCUCUUUCCAGGAGGGUCAGAGUGAAGCGACCCCCAGCACCAGUGGAGGGGAGGCAGGGCAUUCCACUCAGGGAGGAGGUGCAGACACCCCAGCUCUCACUCAGAAAGGGUCUCCCUUGUUGCACCCCAAACCAUCAACCUCAGGCCUGUCUAAGAAAGAGUGGCUGGAAAGGCAGAAAGCACUGAACACAUACAAGUGCGGUAGAAACCUGAGAGGCAGACCAAGAAUAACUUACACAGAGGAGGUCGUCGCCAAAGAUGACCACUACCUCUACUGAGGACUGCAAGUCUUUCUUCAUGGAGGAGUGAGCUUCAUGGUCCUGCCUUCUUCGUCCCUGACAUCCCUGCCCGCUUAGGAGCCCCUGACAGGGCCAGACUCACCCUGCCAUCCGGCCUGGAGGUCAGGACAUCAGGCAUCCCUGAAGCAGGACUGGGGAUGUUCAAUCAAGGAAACACUGUGCCUGCAGGAGCCCACUAUGGACCUUAUGAAGGAGAGAUCACAGACAAGGACCAGGCCAUGGAGAGGGGAUACUCCUGGGUGAUCUACAAGAGCAGACACUGGGACGACUACAUUGAUGCUGGGAGAGACACUCACUCCAACUGGAUGAGGUAUGUGAACUGUGCUCGUAGUGAAGAACAGAAUCUGGUGGCCUUCCAAUACAGAGGAGGGAUUCUGUACCGCUGCUGUAAGCCCAUAGCUGUUGGAGAGGAGCUGUUGGUUUGGUACGGAGAGGAGUACGCCAGAGACCUGGGCAUUGUCUUCGACUACCUCUGGGACAAAAAGAGCUCUGCUAAAGAUGUGAACGUUGAGUCUUUCCAGAUCUUCUCGUGCUCUGGCUGUCCGUUCUCCUUCCCCUCUCAGAUCUUCCUCCUCAGGCACAUAAAGAGAUGUCACCAUGAUGAAUAUGUCAGACUGUUGAGGAGUGGAGAGAUCCGAUCAGAGAAUCUCAUGUCCUCCAGCAGCUCACAACAACAUGGAACCACCACAGGUUCAUUCAACCCAGCUCCCACCAGGAAACAGAGAGAGUCGGACAAGCCACGACCACACCGUUGUUCUCAGUGUGGGAAGAGCUUCACAACAGGGAUACAUCUCAUCAGACACCAGCGCAUUCACACAGGAGAGAAGCCGUUCCACUGCUCCCAGUGUGGGAGGAGCUUCAGUCAGGAAAUCUAAAGAAACACCAGUGUUCUUAAGAGUAAAGAACUUUAGAUUUCUCUUGAAAUUGUGACUGUGAUGUAACACUGAUUAAACAUUACACUUACGAGAAAUAUAAAAUAUGUAUUUUUUUUUUUACAUAGGUACUGAUUAAUUAUUUUGAUAUCAAUUAUGGUAUUCGUGGAACUUUCAACACUUAACAAUUUUUUUGAAUUUUUUAGGCAUAAAUGUAUGAAUUGUAUUUUAUGGUAUGCACAAUGAAAUCUUAUAUGAAUCCUACAGACGAAGAACCAUAUGUGACAAUUUUUUCAUUUUAAGAUUAUCAGUUAUUUUUAUAUUAAUUGUGUGUACUACAUUAGGUGUUUUAUGGUUGACAAAUAAUUCACCAUAACCAUAUCUUUCAACAACAAUUCAUAUUUUUUUUGUUAUUUCAAAAUAUACUUUUUUUAUUGACGUUAAUAUUUAUGAUGUGGAAGAACAGUAUAUCUCCAGUGAUGAUUUCAGUCUGUGGAAGAACAGUAUAUGUGACAUUUUGCAUGACUCUUGUAAGAUGUCCUUUUUUUAACACCUGAUAUGAUGUUUUAAGUACUUUCAAGUACAGAUGGCCUUCAUGUAAUUAACUUAACUGCAAUAUGUAGUUAAUUCAUUUGUAUGGAGGUUCAUUUAAAGGUGGUCUAUCAACUUCAGCACUGAUGACUUUUCUUAAGUUGAGUCAUGAAAUCUUAGUCUCAUUUGAAAUGAAGCCCUCAAUGUGAACAUACCAUAGAAUAACUACACAAAUAGAAUACAAUUAAAUCAAAACAAGCACAACUUGUACAUAUCAAAUAUGGAUCAAUGUGAUGUGCCAAUAUGCAUGUCCAUUAUGCAGGUCCCUAAGGUCAAUAUUACAAAUCGUUCAGAAAACCAUUCACUUUGCGUUUAACACUAUGAUCAGCAAUUAAGUUUUGAAUUGCAUUAAACCCAUGCUAAAGGCAAGAAAUGUCCUUCUGUACUGAGGUGACAGAGGUAAAUAAGUAUUAACUGCUUAGUUAAUGCUAAAUGUGGUGACAGAGAGACAUACUGUAUAUUGUAAUGAAUAAAAAAAGGGAAUCAAGAUCAAAUGAAUACUCACAUACUGUAUGUGAUGACUUAUUUGUUUUUAAUUAAUUCAGAAUAAAAAAAUGAUCACACAC